AUGGUCGUUUGUCAGAACUUACUUAGCAACCAGAAGAAGUUCUUGCUUUUUCUGGAGAAAUUCCUUACUGGAGAAGGUCCCGCAGCCCGAACGGUUGUACAGGCGGUUUCCGGUGUCCGUGUGCUCGGGCAGGGUUUGCUCAGGAAAGUGCUUGAAUUUGGUGUUCAUUUAGCAGAACUGACUGUAGAUCCCCAGGGAGCUUUGGCCAUACGUCAGCUGGCGUCUGUCAUUUUGAAACAGUAUGUGGAAACUCACUGGUGUUCUCAGUCGGAAAAGUUUAGACCUCCAGAGACCACGGAAAGGGCAAAAGUUGCUAUUAGGGAGCUCCUGCCCAACGGGCUGAGAGAAUCCAUCAGCAAAGUGCGCUCGAGCGUUGCUUACGCAGUUUCAGCAAUAGCCCACUGGGACUGGCCCGAAGCCUGGCCUGAGCUGUUCAGUCUCUUGAUGGAGAUGCUGGUUAGUGGAGAUGUGAACGCGGUGCAUGGAGCCAUGAGAGUGCUUACAGAGUUUACGCGGGAAGUGACAGACACACAGAUGCCACUUGUUGCUCCUGUUAUUCUUCCAGAGAUGUACAAAAUUUUCACAAUGGCAGAGGUGUAUGGUAUUCGCACAAGGUCGCGUGCCGUGGAGAUAUUUACCACGUGUGCCCAUAUGAUCUGCAACAUGGAGGAGUUGGAAAAGGGUGCGGCCAAAGUCCUGAUAUUUCCAGUGGUGCAGCAGUUCACAGAGGCCUUUGUUCAGGCCCUGCAAAUGCCUGAUGGACCCACAUCAGACAGCGGGUUUAAGAUGGAAGUCUUGAAGGCUGUGACAGCACUUGUGAAAAACUAUCCGAAGCACAUGAUUUCAUCAAUGCAGCAGAUCCUGCCCAUUGUCUGGAAUACCCUUACGGAAAGUGCCGCUUUUUAUGUGAGAACAGAAGUAAAUUACACAGAAGAGGUGGAGGAUCCUGUGGAUUCUGAUGGCGAAGUAUUGGGCUUUGAAAACCUUGUGUUCAGCAUAUUUGAAUUUGUCCAUGCCUUGUUGGAAAACAACAAGUUUAAGAGCACAGUGAAGAAGGCUUUGCCAGAGCUGAUCUAUUACAUCCUCCUUUACAUGCAGAUCACAGAGGAGCAGAUAAAAGUUUGGACUGCGAAUCCACAACAAUUUGUGGAGGAUGAAGAUGAUGAUACUUUUUCCUAUACAGUGAGGAUUGCUGCACAGGAUCUCUUGCUGGCUGUGGCUGCUGAUUUCCAGAAUGAAAGUGCAACUGCUUUGGCUGCAGCAGCUACAAGACAUUUACAAGAAGCUGAGCAGGCUAAAAACAACGGUGCUGAGCACUGGUGGAAAAUACAUGAAGCUUGUAUGCUGGCCCUGGGCUCUGUGAAGUCUAUUAUUACAGACAGUGUGAAGAAUGGUAGAAUACAUUUUGAUAUGCACGGUUUCCUGACAAACGUUGUUCUUGCAGACCUCAACCUUUCAGUGUCUCCCUUUCUCCUGGGUCGUGCCCUGUGGGCCGCCAGCCGUUUUACAGUGGCUAUGUCUCCAGAACUAAUCCAGCAGUUCUUACAAGCGACUGUCAGUGGGCUGCACGAAACCCAGCCCCCUUCUGUCCGAAUCUCUGCAGUCAGAGCCAUCUGGGGCUAUUGUGACCAGCUGAAGAUCUCUGAGAGCACCCAUGUGUUGCAGCCUUUCCUUCCUAGCAUUCUUGAUGGACUGAUCCACUUGGCCACUCAGUUCAGCUCGGAGGUCCUGAACCUGGUGAUGGAGACGCUGUGCAUUGUCUGCACAGUAGACCCAGCAUUCACAGCAAGUGUGGAGAACAAAAUCUGCCCUUUCACCAUUGCAAUAUUUCUGAAGUACAGUAACGAUCCAGUUGUUGCUUCUCUUGCCCAAGAUAUCUUUAAGGAGCUAGCUCAGAUAGAAGCCUGCCAGGGUCCAAUGCAGAUGAGGCUAAUACCAACUCUUGUCAGCAUCAUGCAGGCCCCUGCUGACAAGAUCCCAGCAGGGCUUUGUGCAACUUCUAUUGAUAUAUUGACCACGGUUGUGAGGAAUACAAAACCUCCUCUGUCCCAGCUCCUGAUCUGCCAAGCGUUCCCUGCAGUGGCUCAGUGCAGCUUGAACACCGAUGACAAUGCUACUAUGCAGAAUGGUGGUGAGUGUCUGCGUGCCUACGUCUCGGUGGCACUGGAGCAGAUUGCACAAUGGCACGAUGAGCAAGGCCACAAUGGACUGUGGUAUGUGAUGCAGGUGGUGAGCCAGCUUCUAGAUCCCAGGACCUCAGAAUUCACUGCUGCCUUUGUGGGCAGGCUGGUCUCCACUUUAAUUUCCAAAGCAGGAAGUGAGCUGGGAGAGAACCUGGACCAGAUCCUGAGAGCUAUCCUGAGCAAAAUGCAACAAGCGGAGACGCUCAGUGUAAUGCAGUCCUUGAUUAUGGUGUUUGCCCACUUGGUUCACUCCCAACUGGAACCACUCCUAGAGUUCCUGUGUAGUCUUCCCGGACCAACUGGCAAGCCUGCCUUGGAGUUUGUGAUGGCGGAAUGGAUGAGCCGGCAGCACUUAUUCUACGGGCAGUAUGAAGGCAAAGUCAGCUCUGUAGCGUUGUGUAAACUCCUUCAGUAUGGCAUCAACACAGAUGACAAGCGACUUCAGGACAUUCGGGUAAAGGGAGAAGAAAUAUUUAAUAUGGAUGAGGGAAUACGGACACGAUCAAAGUCGGCCAAAAAUCCUGAACGCUGGACAAACAUUCCUUUGUUAGUAAAAAUCUUAAAAUUAAUAAUAAAUGAACUCUCUAAUGCGAUGGAAGCAAAUGCAUCUAGACAGACAACUGCAGACUGGAGCCAAGAUGAUUUGAAUGAUAUGUGGGAGGAUCAGGAAGAGGACGAGGAUGAAGACGAAGGCUUAGCAGGACAGUUCUUAUCAGAUAUUCUUUCCACAAACAAGUAUGAUGAGGAUUACUAUGAAGAUGAUGAAGAGGACGAUCCAGAUGCAUUAAAGGACCCUCUUUACCAAAUAGACCUCCAGGCCUAUCUCACUGACUUCCUCUGUCAGUUUGCGCAGCAGCCCUGCUAUGCAAUGUUUUCAGACCAUCUCAAUGAGAAUGAAAAGCGAGUGUUACAGGCCAUUGGUAUAUAAACCCACGCAAGAGACCACACUGAUCAUAUCUGAACAAUACUUUUUUGGCUUAUUCCACGUUUUAUGAUUAACCAUAAAACAUUUUCCAGUGUCCACCUGCUUGUUACAGGUGGAUGAUGGCCUCAUUGCAGUGUCUUGAGCCUCAACAUGAAUCUGCUAAGGGAAGGAGUACUAAGAAAGCAGCAAGGAGAGAAGUCUGUAGAGCUUUGCACAUUGGUCUCACCAUGGGAGCACUUUCAUUUUCCACAGUAACUUUCCAGGAAUUUCUUAAAGAUAAAAAAAUAAAUGUGUCCUUAAUAUUUUUUAAAGCAAACUGUCUCUACCUGUGAAGAGGCACUUAACUGGGUUUCCCACAGCACAGUUGGACAGAGAAAGGAACUGGGUCACUUACAGAUUGCUUGGAUGUUUCGUGAAAAAUUGGAAGGUCGUUCCUCUUCGCGCUCGCAUGACACAUACAGG